GGAAUAUGUAAUAGUUAAGGAAGUCAAACAAAAAAUCAUUGAGGCGACGAUUUGCAGGAUAUGUCAAUUAAACAGGGCAGGAUAUAUGACAAACCUGGUGAUCCUCGUUGUCCAGUACUCUCCUUCAAAAAGUAUAUUGGAAAGCUUCACCCAGAAAACCCAAAUUUCUUGCAGCCUCCAAAAAAGAAAAAAUGUGAGGAAAAAGAAUCGUGGUAUGAAAAUGUAGCCGUUGGUAAAAACACGCUUUAUUCGUUCAUGACAAAUUUAAGUAAAGAGGCUAACUUAAGUAAAAUAUAUACCAAUCAUUGCAUCCGUGCUACAAGUAUAACGACACUGGAUCACGAGGGGAUGGAGGCACGGAACAUAAUGAGGCUAAGUGGACAUCGUUGCGAAUCUUCAAUCAAAUCCUACAGUUCAAAACUUAGUGAAGCAAAAACAAGGGAAAUGUCUGGAAUUUUGUGUAAAAACAUAUCUACAACAUCUGAAAAUUUUUCAAAUUCAGAAAAUAUAGCUCCUUCAGAAAAUAUGUGUCCAGAUUUCUAUGAAUCAGACAUAUCAAUGAACUAUUGA